CGCGGAGUUCUCAUACAUGUCAUCGCUAUUCAUUUUUAUAAGUAACAACGAUCUCGUCAAAAAUUGUAUUGUAUUUAAUAAGAAUAACAAGAGAACAGAUAACCCUAGCUAUUGGCAAUACAAAUGGGGAAUCUCAUGAUUGGCCAGGAAAGUGAGAUUUAAAUAUUGAAAUCCGUUGCUUACCCGUAAGACUGUUGUAAGACAAAAACAGCGAUUUGUAUUUGGGAGGAAACUUCGCCGUGGAUAUACUUCUUUUUGUGAAAGAUAGUUGCAAGGAACGCGACCGAUAUUGACCGCAACGCGAGGCUCCACGUUACGCACUGCCGAAAUCAGCGAGGAAGAAUAGUAAAAGAUGUCGAAGGACGAAAAAUGCGUUAUACCAGACGUGAUACUCGACGUAAAGUCUGGAAAAAGUUACAUCAAGGGUCGAUUUUUUGGAAAAGGUGGUUUUGCAAAAUGUUACGAGAUCAGAGAGUCGAAGAGCCAUCAAGUAUAUGCUGGAAAGAUUGUACCUAAAUCGCAGAUUACAAAGAACAAUCAUAGGGAGAAAAUGACACAAGAGAUUUCCAUCCACCAAACUUUAAAGCACCAAAACGUUGUGGGUUUCUACGGUUUCUUCGACGACACACACAACAUUUACAUAAUCCUGGAGCUAUGCAGGAAAAGGUCGAUGAUGGAGUUGCACAAACGCAGGAAAGCUCUGACAGAAUGUGAAACCAGAUUUUAUAUGAAGCAAAUUUUAGAUGGCGUGAAUUACUUACAUCAGAAUAAAAUAAUUCACAGAGAUCUAAAAUUGGGCAACUUGUUUUUAAGCGAUGAACUGCAGGUAAAGAUUGGUGAUUUCGGAUUGGCUACCAGACUGGAGCACGAAGGGGAACGUAAAAAGACUUUGUGCGGUACACCGAAUUACAUAGCACCCGAGAUCCUGACUAAAGCGGGUCACUCGUACGAAGUCGAUAUAUGGAGUAUCGGAUGCAUCAUGUACACGUUACUUGUAGGAAAACCACCUUUCGAAACGACGAGUCUGAGGGAAACCUAUGCCAGGAUCAAGCAGGUUCAAUACAAGAUUCCCAAAGACAUCAAUCCGAUCGCUAUGAACAUGAUAACUAACAUGUUGCAAGGGAAUCCAGCGAAACGUCCAUCGAUAUCGAAGCUGAUGAGAGAUCCGUUCUUCUCUUGCGGUUUCAUGCCAACGAGUUUACCAUUGUCGUGCCUGUCCAUGGCACCUCGCCUGGACGCGCUGGAACAGUACAACCGUAAGCCUUUGUCGGAAAAGAACAUGAACGUCGGGGGAGAGGGACAAGACUUCAUUUUUCGCGUGCCCAACAGUCCAGCGCGGAAAACGAAACCCCUGGAUUCGGCGAACGAAGUUCAAAGGAUGAACGUAGAUAUUAGAAAGAUGCUUCAGACGCUGAGCCUGCAACUGGCCGCGGUAUUAAAAUCGAAACCGACCAGAGAGACAACGUCGUUGGCAGAUGAAAUGACAGACCCGGACGCGCAGCCGGUGAUAUGGGUAAGCAAAUGGGUCGACUACUCGGAUAAAUACGGCUUCGGAUACCAACUAUCGGACGACGGUGUGGGCGUCAUGUUCAACGAUGGCACCCGAUUAAUAAUGCUAGCCAACUGUUUUAAUAUUCAUUAUAUUAACCGCGACGGAAACGAAUUGUAUUAUACCGUCAUGGAGUAUCCGCCCGAAUUAGACAAAAAAAUGAGACUGAUGAACUUCUUCCUGAAAUAUAUGAAGGAACACUUGAUGAAAGCCGGAAGUUCGGUAGCCGUAAAACCGUGUGACUCCAUGUCCAGGAUACCAUACAUGCAUCAGUGGUUCAGAACGCAGAGCGCUGUAGUUAUGCAAUUGACCAAUGGGACAGUACAAAUAAAUUUCUUGGACCACGCGAAGAUCAUCAUGUGUCCGUUGAUGGCAGCCGUCACGUACAUAGAUACGGAGAAGAAUUUCCGGACCUACAGAUUCCAAACUAUCCAAGAGAACGGAUGCUGUAAGGGUUUAGCCAAGAAUCUGGAGUACGCCUACGAGAAGCUUGUGCUGAUGUUGUCGAAUCCUCAGACUCGAUAAUUAUGCAGGCAAAUAUCAAUCGAUUUAAGGAGAACACAAUUCUGAUACACAGUAUAUUUUAGAAGUAUUAUGCUUUUUUUUUAAUAAGAGAAACUGCCUUUAUACUGGGCGAACAGCAGAUACGAAGUAAGUAGUUUAUUAUUUUAUUUUUACUUUAUUUUGUAGAAGUAUAUCAAACCUUUACCAGACAUUUUAAUCUCGCAAGAUUCGAAGGGAGCAGACGUAUUAUGCUCAGGAUUUGAUUUCUCGUAAGGGUGCCUAUCGUUUCCUUGAAAAGACGUCUCGUAAAUUUUGCACCCUGUUCUCUCUUUUUUUAUAAUCACAGACAAAUCGUAGUUGUAAUUUUGUUUCAUGUACUCUCGUGUCGUUGAGCGAAGUUUUAUAAACGAACAAGCAUUCAACAAGUUACUUUGCCACGAUAAUUGCUACUUCGUAUAAAUAUGUAAUUGUAUAGCGUGAAAAUCUAUAGCAGUUGGUUAUCGUUGCUUUCGACGAAGUAGUGCAAUCUAACAAUUGUUUGUUUAUUUAACAUGAGAGGAUAAACAAGUGGCCUUAAUCUUUGACAAUACUCUUACUGCCUCGACAUUCCAAUAUUAAGACAUUAUCUUUACAUGAUCCGAUUUUCGAUCAUUAAGCCCGGUAAUGCGCGCGU